GUCACCCGACGACACAAAUAGACCGUCAAGAAAAUCAGAAAUUCGUCUUGAACAACAACUGUUCUCAUUGAGUUAACUCCCAAUGCUCGUGAUUUUGGUUGCUCGAAUGUGUUUUUCAACUGUAGGACCUGGUUGAUCAAACGGUGAUUAUUUUAUUCGAUGGUACCAACUAACGCAAGUGAUUGUAAACAUAAACCAGCAUGAAAAGGGGGUUGAGUGGAGAUAAUGAAGACAGCAGUUCGUCUUGCGAGGGACCAAUGGAGGGUUCUAAGAAAAUUCGACAUCACAGUGAAGAACCCGAUGAUAUGGCAUCUAACUGGGCUCGUCUGCCUCAGGAGAUCUUGCUACACGUAUUUCAGUACUUGCCUCUCCUGGACCGAGCUUUUGCCUCUCAGGUCUGCCGCAGCUGGAACCAAGCCUUUCACAUGCCUGAGCUCUGGAGGUGUUUUGAGUUUGAGCUAAACCAGCCCGCCACCUCUUAUCUGAAGGCCACUCAUCCAGAUCUUAUCAAGCAGAUAAUUAAAAGGCACUCUAAUCAUUUACAGUAUGUCAGCUUCAAGGUGGACAGCAGUACAGAGUCAGCAGAGGCUGCCUGUGACAUCCUGUCUCAGCUGGUGAACUGCUCCUUAAAGACUCUUGGGCUCAUCUCCACGGCACGGCCAAGCUUCAUGGAGUUACCAAAGUCUCAUUUCAUCUCUGCGCUGACUGUGGUCUUUGUAAACUCCAAGUCGUUGUCCUCGCUGAAGAUUGAUGACACACCGGUGGAUGACCCAUCUCUGAAGGUUCUGGUGGCCAACAACAGUGACACACUGAAGCUGUUAAAAAUGAGUAGCUGUCCUCAUGUUUCUCCAGCAGGAAUCCUGUGUGUGGCUGAUCAGUGCCAUGGCUUGAGGGAACUGGCACUGAAUUACCAUCUACUGAGUGAUGAGCUGCUUAUUGCCCUCUCCUCUGAGAAGCACGUGCACCUCGAACACCUGCGAAUCGACGUGGUGAGCGAGAACCCCGGCCAGCAGUUCCAUACCAUUAAGAAGAGCAGCUGGGAUGCUAUGGUGCGCCACUCGCCCAAGUUCAACCUGGUUAUGUACUUCUUCCUGUACGAGGAUGAGUUCGGACCCUUCUUCCGUGACGAGAUCCCCGUCACGCACCUCUACUUCGGCCGCUCGGUCAGUAAGGAUGUGCUUGGCCGCGUGGGGAUGACCUGUCCACGACUGGUGGAGUUGGUCGUGUGCGCCAACGGCUUGCGCCCGCUGGACGAAGAGCUGAUCCGCAUUGCCGAGCGCUGUCAGCAACUGUCUGCCAUUGGUCUGGGCGAAUGCGAGGUCUCUUGCAGCGCGUUUGUGGAGUUUGUCAAAAUGUGUGGCCGUCGCCUCUCGCAGUUGUCCAUCAUGGAGGAAGUACUCAUCCCCGAUCAUAAGUACAGCCUGGAUGAGAUCCACUGGGAGGUGUCCAAGCACUUGGGCCGCGUCUGGUUCCCUGACAUGAUGCCUACAUGGUAGACACCAGCACAACCAUACUUCAUGUCAGCAACGCCAGCAGCAUGUGUAAGACUGGGCGUCUACCCCCCUCCCCCCCAAGACAAUCUGUCACUGCAGUUAGAAAUGAGCUUUGUGUGUAUUUGUAUACUUUUUGUAUAAUAGACUCGCAGUCUUAAGUUUAGCAUUCUCUGUUGUCUUCAAAGACACGCUGUUAGCUUUGUACAUAGAUUGUACUUCAGAUGGUAACUCCCUUUUUAUACUAUUAAUAUUCAAUGUGGGAAAGUGUUCUGUCGACACGCAUACUAGCCCAAGCUUACAAUAUGUAGAGUUUUUGGGGCAUAGUACUGAUCUGUAAUGAUGCACUUUUCUUGAAAGGUAUUGGUGUUGUGCUAUUAGAGGCCCGCAUUGAAGUGAUUGUUUAUGUAUAUAUGUAACAAAGUGUGAAAAUAUAUAUAAAAAAAGACAAACAUGAUAAUGUUUGAGCUAUUCAGCCUGAUACAGACACUACAAUGUAGUAAACUAGUCAAUGUCUAAUUAGAUCAGAUCAUUUUGAUCUAAUUCUCAGAUGGGUUGGAGUGCUUCAUUUCCUUUCUGUACGUGGUGAAAGAUGUGUCUUGUUAAGGUCCACAAAUCAAGGAUCUUUGUGUUUCCCCAACUGUUUCUCUUCCACAACUUUUACCACAGUGAUUAACAAAGAUAUGUACAAGAAAUGAAAUGUCACGUGGUUCGGUGAACAUUCAGAACAUCAGAUUUUCGAAAGUGUGUUUUGUGGCUCCACCGAAGGAGCAAAGCCAUUUGCUAAUCUGGUCGUGUGUUGGUUUAUUCAGCAUCUGUAACAGACAGUAAAGCAUCAUGAACUUGUCACUGCCAUGAUAAUUUUGAUUUUGUUGAGUGCACCAGCUCUUCCACAAGCCAGAUCUUGAAACUAAGCAUGGAAAAGAAAAAUGUUUUAUGUUCAAGUUAGAGUGGCCUUUCCAAUGCUUUGGAAAGUAUAGGGGGAAUUGAAUGGUGGCAGGACUAAGUGUGUUAUUGUACAGCCUUUUUGCAGUUUCAGCCUAUGUUGUGAUAAGUCUUUUAGUGAAUAUCUGCAUUAACAUUUCAGUAGAGUUAAUCCAUUCCCCAGAUGAAAUUAUUUUCUUGGUAACAUGUAUAAACAGUUUCAAAUACUUGAAGCACCUUGAACGUAUACCAAAUAACAUGUAGAAAUUGUAGUGAAAAGAGUGUUUUGUACUGGUUUGGAGGUUAGUAGCAAGAAAUGUAUUCUUUUUUUGGAAUGGUUUUAAAACAAUACGGUCUCUGCUAGAAUAAAACUAACAAAUUGAAAAUGUAUUGAAGCAAUAACCAGAGUAUCUGCUAUAGAAGAAGGCUUUUGAAAUAAGCAUUUGAGCCAGUAAUUGUCCAUAGAAGAUUAGGGUAAAUGGUUUUCUUUUAAUUUAUCUGAAUGGUAAUAUCUGCCCUUUCAUUCUGCUAUCUAGAAAAGGGUAGGACUGCAGCAAACAGAUAGGGGUGAAGUGCAGAAUGAUGAGUAAUGGAUUGUGUUAAGAUUGUGUUAAGGUUUUUGCUUUGAAGAUACGAUUUGUAAGGUGAAAUAACUAUUUUGAUCGCUUGGUUUCAACCACAUUUUGGAUCUUCUGAUUAUGCCAUUUGCAUAUGCUCAAAGUUAUCUAGUGGUUACAUUGCAUCAUUGAAAAAGAACCUAAUUGUUACUGUACCUAAUCUCACAUAGCCUGUUUUUUUUUCCCCAACCCAGGGAGAUUUGAUGAAUUAUUCAUGUGAGACGCCUUAUAAAUUUUCCUCUAAGAAGGAAGUUCCAUAUGUUUGUAUAUAAAAUGCUGUGUGUUUGUUGAUAUAAAUAGAAAUGUAUGUAUUACUCUGUUGUACCCUCUGUCAGGGUUUGAGGUUCAUGUACUGAUGGCUGGUGUCUUUCAUACAAGAGCAAAAGUUGUCAUUGGGUAGGUGGUUCUGUUUUUGUACCCUUGUAAUUACAUUUGAUUAUCCAUAUAAUUUAUUAAUUGAUCAGCUUUUGUAAUAAUAGGUUUAUGUUAAUGUUUUUAGUGGUAUGUGUAGCCCGAACUGUCACUAAUUCUAGCAGAAGUUGUGAACUCUCGGGAGUGUUUGAGAAUAAGUGUACAAAACUGUUUUUGCUUGUGUUCAGGAUAAAUUGCAGUUGAGCGAUAUUACCUCUCUGCUAAUUUUAAACAAUGAUUUUAAUCAAGGGUAUGCUUACACAGUG